ACGGAGGAAACUGUAAAAGAGCGAACAGAAGUGACUUCAGACAGUUUUCUUUUUCGCGGCUCACAAGUUUGUUACAAAAUGUCGGCGGUUCCUCCUCGCAGAGGAGCUUUUGGCAGCUGUCAGAGGAAACUCGCUCCCGAUCACUUUGCAGCUGAUUGGUUCGGAAACCAAACGUCACGACAGCGAGAGUCGAUCGACGGCCCUGGCUGCUAUGACAACCACGAGGUUUGUAACGCGUUCAAAAGCACGUCCCGGAACUCUGUCGUCACUCCAGGACCUGGAACCUACACUCAUAACACGGAGACCAACAAGAAGGUGAGCUGGCCCAUGUGCUUUGGGCGUCCAGACUGGUCCAAGGUGUCUCCUGAAGAAUACUCACUUCAAGUGAAGUUAAACUGUGAUAAAGAGUUCGUGAACUACAAGAACAGACUGGCUUAACUGAGUUUGUACUACGAACCGAUGACAGAAAACCAACCAGGUCAGUGA